AUGCUCAUGUUAUGCCAGCUUGUCCUUUUUCUUCUGAUUAGCCAGGUUCGAACAAGCACGAUCCAAGUUCGCGCUCAACGAUCUUUUUUCGAUUUCUUCAGUAAAGCUGGUCAUUAUCUGAUUGAUACUGAAAUUCCAAAAGUUUACAUUCCCAAUAUAACUAUUCCUAUCACUGAUGGUCCAGGGAAUGGAAGUGUGUCAGCAACCAAUCUAAAGAUUACAAAAUUUCUUACCCCACACAUUGAUUUCCAACUGGGAGAUGAUGGUAUUCUGUGGCAAUCGUAUGGAGGAGCCGUAAAAAUCACAGGCGAUUGGGCAGCUCAAUAUGCCAUCAUAAUACCUUUUUACGAGAACGGCUGGGUGAAAAGCGUUGCUGUGGGUCUAAAUGUGACUCUAGCAGCCUCAGUUUAUAUGGAGGAGUAUAAACCUCAAUUUCAUAUUAUGAAAUGCUUAGCAGCAAUCGAUGACCUCACUGUCGAAGUUGGAGGGGGAGUAGUACCUUGGCUGAUCAAUUUGUUCCGAACACCUUUAUCGUCUGCAAUACGUUCAAUUAUUAAUAAACAAGCAUGUGUCGCUGCGAAAACGAUUUUCCUGAUUCAAGCCAACGAGUUCAUCAAAUCGUUACCGUCUCAUAUUCAAUUGAACAAGAACUUUUAUGCUCAUUACUCCCUAGACGAUAACCCUCGUUUUACAAAAAAGUAUGUUGAAGCUGACUUAUCCGCUGAUUUAGUGUUUGGUGAUGUCCCAUGCAAGUUGGAUCGUCAACCUUGGACAAACCCUGGUCCCAACCCUAGGAUGGUCACCGUUUGGAUGAGCGAUGCCAUACCUAACUGUUUUCUGAGCACAAUACAGCAAGCGGGGGGAUUCCGUUUUGUAGUCACUAAAGACGAGCCCGAAAUGGAGCGUUACCUCCGUACGAGCUGCUCGUUGCUCUCAAUAUGCAUUGGAAAAUUUUUCCCUGAGCUCAGAAAGAGUUACCCUGAUAGUUAUGUUGAUCUAUUUUUCAAUACUUACGAAGAGCCUCUAAUCAUUUAUGAAAAAGAUGAUAUAAGAGCAAAUUUCACAUUUUCUGUUGAUAUGUACAUUAACCCUUACCAGACAUACUCAGAUCCUCUAGCCAGAUUAGUCUUGCAAACUUCAUCAAGCGUAACUCCUCUCAUCGAAGGGCACAAAGUUAUCGGCACAUUAAAUGAUACUACGGUGAACCUUCGACAAGAUUUUUCAAGAAUUGGAAACAUGUCUUCAACUUUCAUGUCGGUUUUCGCUAACGUCUUCAAGAUGUCUGCGAAAGUUUUAAUCGAAACAGUACUAGCAAAAGGAAUAAGCAUUCCUGUAAUGGAUAACGUCACUAUUUCAGACGAUUCGGAAAUCACAGUCUUGGAUAGACACAUUCGUUUGAACCUCGACUUUAAACUUCAAUAA